GAGUGACGCCAUUCCGCUGCGAAUUAUUUUUUGUUGUAACAAACUUAUUUUAAAAAUAAAACAGAAAGACACUGGAAAUAUUAGUUUUUCAUAUUUUGAGAAGUCAUUUUGUGAGUGUUUUGAUGUAAUCGAAGAACAUUUUCAAUCCCCGUGUGUGCGGUUUACACACAUCUGAUUCUGCUGUUUAUUUUUCGUGAGCAACUGUCAUUCUAGGGCUGAGUUUCAGUAUUUGUGUGAACAAGAUGUCCCACUUUUCCACUGAUGAUGAGGCUGAACUGCAGUCUCUGCUGAGACAUCUUCUGAAGAGUGUUAAAGAAAGGAUCUCAGGCGCACCAUCAGUAGAAUGUGCAGAGGAGAUUCUUCUACAUCUAGAGGAAACAGAUGAACAUUUUCACAACUAUGAGUUCAUCAGGUACCUACGUCAUUAUGUAGAGAGUGUCCUGGGUUCUGUUAUAGAAAAAGAAACGGAAAGCUGUACUAGUGCAGAGGGGCAGGCUGUAGGCUCAGGCCAAGACACACUAGUUCAAACUGUCACAAGAAAGACACGAGAGUCGAAUGAAUACAAGAAGAUGGUACAGUCUUUAAAGAACACUAUGAUGGUGGUAGUGGAAUCUCUGAUUAAUAAAUUCGAAGAAGAUCAAAUGAGGAAAGAGGAAAUGCACAGGAAGAACCAGCACGAGCAGCAUAGCAGCCACUAUACAGACAACUGCUCAGACAGUGACUCCUCUUUUAAUCAGAGUUAUACAUUUAUAAAACAAGAACAGCUACAGGUUAUCGCAGAAAAACUAGACCCAAGUCAUCCCAAAGAGGUCCGAUGGGAUGCUUUGCAGACUCUCUGCUGUGCCCCUCCCUCUGACGUUAUCAGCUGUGAAAGCUGGACCAUACUUCGCAAACAUCUUUCAGCAGCUCUUGCAGACCCAGAUUCAGCACUGAGUGACAAGGUUCUGAGAUUCUAUGCAAAAACAUUUUCAUCUUCACCCCUGAACAUCACAAGAGAAAUCUAUACUAGUUUAGCAAAAAAUUUGGAAUCAGACUUCCUCUCCAGGACAAUGCACAUUCCUACUCUUUCUGCAGGUGUAGAUAUAUCCAGUCCAGACGCUGCACGGCUAAUCCAAAAAGUGCGCUUGCUAAAUGAGUUUCAAAAAGAGGUUCCUUCCUUUUGGAUUAGGCAUCCAGAGAAAUAUAUGGAAGAGAUAAUAGAAAGCACCCUAUCACUUUUGACUGUAACUCACGAGCAGAGUCUAAGGACAGCUGGCUCAGAAAAAGCCCUGGAGCCGGUUUACUUCCUCGCCAUGCUAGACAUCGAAGCUACCUGGUUCAAAAAGUGGAUGCAUGGUUAUUACAGUAGGACAGUGGUCUUGAGGCUUCUGGAAAAAAAAUACAAAUCUUUGAUUGUAGCAUCUCUUCAGCAGUGCAUUGAUUACCUUGAAUCUUGCUCAGUUUACAAUGACAGUAUCAGUCAUGUGCAGCAUCAGCAUCUUAUUGGCACAAUCCGCAGAACUUUGUAUACUGGCAUGGAACUGGAAUAUAUUUAUUUUGUUCAUUCACUGUGUCUUUUGGGAAGACUUCUAAUAUACACACAUGGAAGGAAACUGUUUCCUGUGAAGGUCAAAAACAGAAAAGACCCAGUAACUCUGAUGGACUUCAUUGUGAUGCUAAUUCGUAUAAUGUACAAACAUCCAAACAUCACAAUCAGUGGUAUUUCCCAUGCAGAUUCCCUUUCUCCAACAAGUCUUGUGAUGGAAGUACUAAGAACUCUCUGUGACCGUAAAGAGUGUGCUAUAGAGUGUAUGUAUACAAUCCCAGUCAUUGAGAGUCUUCUCUCCCCCAUCAUCGCUUUACUCAAAGGAAAGCAGGUGGAUUUCAACCGUGCUGAAACUACACUAACACAUAUAGCAGAUAUAUUGGCAAGAAUUGCUACUACUGAACGGGGACUUUCACUUUUUCUUUAUGAAGAAAACAACAGUUCUGCUGAAGGAGAAAGAAUUUCAGCUGCACAUGUGAUAGUCCAGUUUACCACGAAGCUCCUUGUUGAAAAAAUCCCAGCAUUGUCGGAAUCUACGACAUUAACCAGUCUAAAAGGAGCCUUUAUCUUUGUCUGCCGUCAAAUGUACAAUACCUGUGAGGGGCUGCAAGUCCUCAAACCGUAUGGACUGCACAACAGCAUUGUCCAAGCUUGGAAAAAGGCCAGCUGUCUGUCAGAGAGAGUCCUUACUCCUGUACCUGGAGCAGUUUCAAGCUCGGCAACUCAGGAUUUACAAAAUAACAUGGUCUGGGAGGAGACAUUGCUAGACAAUUUGUUGAACUUUGCUGCAACACCAAAAGGACUUCUGCUGCUUCAGCAAACAGGAGCUACCAAUGAGUGUGUCACCUACAUGUUUAGCAGAUUCACAAAAAAACUGCAGGUCAGUAGAUGUGAAAAAUUUGGUUAUGGAGUGAUGGUGACUCAGGUUGCUGCAACAGCUCCUGGAGUGGUGGCACUUCAGAGUUCAGGUUUUGUGAAAGCCUUGGUGUUGGAAUUGUGGUCAGUUCUUGAAUGUGGAAGAGAUGAUGUGAGAAUGAUUCAUCCCAAAUCAACUCCCAUGGAUCCUAUUGACAGAAGCUGUCAGAAGGCUUUUCUUGCUCUAGUGAAUCUCUUAUCUUCCUACCAAGCUGUAUAUGAGCUGAUUAGUAAACGAGAUCUUCCAAACAAGCCUGAGUACCACUUGCGUGAGAUGCCCACCUCCAUUAUUGAUAUCAUUGACAGACUGAUAAUAAUUGAUUCCGAUGCCAAAAUACACUCACUGUUUAACUUUGAACAGUCACACACCUUUGGUCUCAGAUUACUAAAUGUUAUAUGCUGUAAUUUGGAUACGCUCUUGCUUUUGGAAUCCCAGUACAAAGUAUCUCAAAUACUACUAAACACACAAAAGGAGAAUAUCGCAGAAACAUCUGGAAAUCAGGGGGAUUUUAUCAUUGAUGGUCUGUCUGUGGAGAGGAAUCAUAUUCUUGUGAGAGUAAAUCUGGUGGGAGGACCAUCUGAGCGUUUUUUGCCUCCAAGAGCUUUACAAAAGGGCAUUGACCCAUAUCCAUGGCCAAUGUUUUCAUCAUACCCAUUGCCAAAGAGUUACGUUAUAGAGGUGCCAAAGAAGUCUGCUUCUAAACAAGACAGUGAGAUAAGUAAAUUCCUGGCAUCUUCAAAGAAUUCGGAGAAACAGAUUGGUUGGUUAGAGCACUGCAAGAAACAAUUCUGUAAAACAAUGACGACCAAACCAGAUGCCAUUAGAGGGAAUGUUCUGGCUGAUUUACUUGAAAAACUUGUUAUGCAUCGCUGUGUCAGUACAUCUGAGUGCUUCUUCGCUGCAACAGAUUACAAAGCUAUUGAUUCCAGUGUAAAGAACCAGAGUCUUUCUUCUGUUGAGAAGCUUGGGAUUCAAAUAUCCAUCAGGUAUGGAAAAUAUUUAAAUUUACUCAAAGAAGACUCAGAGCAGGAUCUAUGUCUGUUGAUGAAGCACUGUAAGAAAUUCCUGGUUCAGCAGCAAGCAAAAGUUAAAUCAUCUCUUUGUUGUCUGCAGGGAGGCUAUCCUGGCUAUGACUGGUUUGCGUCUUCUGUAUUUCUGAUAAUGGCUGGAGACAAGGAGAGAGCAUUAAAAUUUCUGCUGCGAUUCUCCAGCCUUCUUGUCUCAGCAUUUUUGUGGCUGCCCAGGCUGCAUGCAUCAAUCCACCUUCCUGUAGAGAUUGCCGAGUCUGGAAUCCACCCAGUUUAUUCCUGCACUGCUCAUUACAUUGAGAUGUUGCUGAAGACAGAAGUGCCUCUUGUCUUUUCAGCAUUCCGCAUGUCAGGUUUCACCCCCUCACAGAUUUGUCAGCAGUGGCUAGCUCAGUGCUUCUGGAAUUACUUGGACUGGACAGAGAUUUGCCAUUACAUUGUAACAUGCAUUAUCUUGGGGCCUGACUACCAGAUCUACAUUUGCAUAGCCGUGCUUAAACACCUGCAGCAGGAAAUCCUUCAGCACACACAGACUCAGGACCUACAGGUGUUUUUGAAAGAAGAAGCAAUCCCCGGUUUCCAUGUGAGCAAUUACUUGGAAUACAUGGAACGCUUGGAGCAAACUUACAGAUCAAUGGUGCUGACAGACAUGAGAAAUAUCAACCUGAAAAUUACAUAGGAUGAACGGAUCAGAUUCAGUACAGUAUUUAAAAUGACGAUUGCUGCAAAAAAAAAAAAAAAAAAAAAGUAAAUAAAACUUUUUAAAAUGUAAUUGUGUUGUAUUUAGAUUACAAAAAAAGUAAACUUGUAGGUACUGUGUCAGGAAAAAUGCACUCCAGAAUAUUUAAUUAAUCAAUUAAAGCCAAAUCGGUCAAUUAAAACCCCUAGUAAAGGUUGCCUGACAAUUGGUUAGUAGAGUGUGGAAACUGGCAGAUGUUAAGAAAGCUAUUGUAUUUGUCUCAGUAUCAAUUGAAGUGAAUACUAAUGUAAAUAUUAAUAAAGAACUAAUACAUUAUUAUUUUUUCAGUUUUAUGUUUACAAUAUGAAAAUAACUAGAAUGGUUUUGUUUUUUAAAGAUGAGCUCAUGAGGAGCUUACCUGGCACAUGUAUAGUGCUCA